UAAAUUAUUUCGCUAAGGUGUAUCUAAACGUCCGACUUCAAUUGUAUAUCUCUAUAUAUUAUUGAAUGACCAUUCCAUUCCCCAACCAUUCUACCUCUCUUCACACUUUCUCAAUGCCUCUGUUUUUGACCCCAGAUGAGGAUGAGUGUAAUCCUCCUAGUGAUUACUAUGACGAUGACCCUGUAACACCACAAAUCUGUGGUGAGAAUGCAGCAUGCAUCAACACUGAAGGAAGCUUCUACUGUCAAUGUGCUCUUGGGUUCAGAUCAUCAUCACAGCGGAUGAACUUCACAGCUGCCUCACCUGAAAAAUGUAUAGAUAAAUACAUCAACGAGUGUUUGGAGAAUAAGUACACCUGUGGUCCCAAUGCCGAGUGUCACAAUGUGUUAGGGUCCUACUCCUGCAUCUGAAGAGGGUUUGUCUCCAGUACUGGAGUGGAAAGACUUAUAUCUGGCCAAGGAGUCAUGUGUGAAGAUAGAAACGAGUGUGUGGACGACAUCACAAUUUGGAAGCAUACACAGUGCGUCAACACACCAGGCAGCUACUCCUGUGUCUGCAAUCCAGGGUUUGGCCUGAAGUCUGGAAAAGCUCAAUUCACAGGGAAUGGAAAAUCAUGUGAGGAAAUAACAGAUCAGAAAGCCACCACAGACCACACAGCAACCACAGACAGUGAGGAUGCUCAAGGUGCUAAAGACUUGGGUAAAAGAAAUAUGUUUAUCUGUGGAGGGAAUGGAACGUGCCAUAAUGCCACCAACAGUGGCCAUCGGUGUGCGUGCCAUGCAGGAUUCACCAACUACGGAGACCCACAGGGGAGAUGUACUGAGUUGAACUGUGACACGUUUGCGAGUGAGAAGCAUCUUAAGAUGGUCAUCCCAGGUCUGCAGGAUGCUGUGGCCCUGAUGAGGACCAGUUGUCUGGAGUUGAGUGAGAGUAAUACGGCAGAACAAGUCAAUGGAGCCCUGCUAGAGACUCUGUUGUCUGCUAUAGACAGGCUCCUGUCUCGCGGGCCUCUGAAUAAUAACAAGGAAGUGAGUGUCUUGCUGGACCUGGUAGAGACUGCUCUGAGAAUAAUCGGACCUCUGCUGAAACACCCCGAGACCAGGAGGUUYAAAACUCACACCGARGUGGAGCUGUUGGUGCAGAGAAAUGCCUCCUCACCCMAGGGACCCCUCACCUUGUCCUCUACACACGCUCAGCUAGACAGCCACUGGGAGACUGCUGCUGGAGACACCUCCUACCCAGGAUUUGCAACGGUGUCCCUGCUCAGCUACAAGGGUCUGGAGACAUCCACCAACCAUUCCUUCUCAGGGCUGAAGGCACAGGAGGGCCACAGCUUCCAGAUCAACUCCAAAGUGGUGACGGCCACCAUUAGUAACAAGRACACAUCCUUYCUCAAGGAGCCAGUCACAUUCACCUUCUCCCAUUUGAAGGAGUCAGAUGAAGGGARCUACACCUGUGUGUACUGGGAUGCUGAGUUGGGAGAAGGGACCUGGUCYSAUCGAGGCUGUUUCCUGGUGCAGUCCAAUGCCACCCACACUGUGUGCUCCUGCUACCAUCUCAGCAGCUUUGCUGUUCUUAUGGCUCUCUAUGAGUUCAAGGACACAUUCCAGCUGCAGCUGAUCACCUGGGUGGGCCUGUCCCUGUCCCUGCUGUGUCUCUUCAUCUGCAUCCUCACCUUCWCCCUGAUCCGCUCCAUCCAGAGCACCCGCAAUACCAUCCACCUCCACCUCUGCCUCAGCCUCUUCAUCGCCAACCUGAUCUUCCUCGUYGGCAUCUCACGCACCGAGAGCCAGGCUGGUUGUGCGGUGGUGGCUGGGCUGCUUCACUUCUUCUUCCUGGCAGCGUUCUGCUGGAUGUGUCUGGAGGGAGUGCAGCUCYUCAGGAUGGUGGUCCUGGUCUUCAACACCACCUUCAGGCCCCUCUACAUGAUGGCGGGGGGCUACGGCGUUCCUGCUGUCAUCGUCGCCAUCUCUGCCCUCGCCAACGCCAAAGGAUACGGAACAGAGCGCCACUGCUGGCUCAACCUUGAGGAUGGAUUCAUCUGGAGCUUCUUUGGCCCUGUCUGUAUCAUCAUCAUGGUGAACGUGUUUUUCUUUCUCAUCACARUGUGGAAGUUGGCCCAGAAGUUCUCCAGCCUGAACCCUGACCUUGACAAACUCCGCAAAAUCAAGGCAUUCACCAUAACUGCAGUUGCUCAGCUGUGUGUCYUGGGCACCAUGUGGAUCUUUGGCUGUUUCCAGUUUGAGGAAAGCACACUGGYCAUGUCGUACCUGUUCACCAUCCUCAACAGUCUGCAGGGGGUCCUAGUGUUCCUCAUGCACUGCCUGCUCUCUAAACAGGUGAGAGAGGAGUAUGGCAAGAUCCUGGACAGCGUCUGUGCACUACAGAAGAAGAAGUACUCAGAGUUUUCCUCCAACCAGUCAAGCAACAGYAAAUCACAGGUAUUAACUCUUACUAAUUGAGUAGCCAACAUCUAA